AUGAUUUCAUGGUUCCAUAGGAAGAAGAGUCAGGAUAGAAGAAGCGUCGUCAUCCCCAUGCCAGCUCCAGAGACUUCGAUCGAGGCCUACACACUACCAAGGAUCAAGCGUACCUGUGAUCGGGCUGUAAAAAGUCUUAAGUCGAAGCGGAAUCCAAGCCCUACCACACGAGAGAUGCUGGAAAAGAUUCACGAGAAGUGCAACUCGAUUAAGAUCGCCAUGAAGGACAAGUCGAGUUGGUCGACAAAGCGCCGCCAGGCUAUCCCUGAGCUAAGAUCUCACGAGUCUGAUCUUGCGGAGCGCAUUUUCUACAAGUCAGUCGGCGGGGUCGAAGAGCAAGUCUACUGGCAGUCCUUGAAGGUAGACCUGACAAGGCUUUUGGAGCUUGAUUUCUUUUGCGGGUAUGGAGAUUACUUUGGCGAUUUUUGCCAAGGCCUCCGGCUGCAAGCCAGCAAGGACAAUCUAGAUCCAUCCGGAGAGUUAAGUGGGCGGAAUUACUGGACCAUGAUCAGUGACGCCCUUAAGCUGGAGGGGCCUGAGUGGCGUAAGGCAGCACUGAAUGGCGGAGCCAAAGUCCAUGUUGCUCUCGACCGAGUGUGCGAUGCUCUGAAGGUGAAUCUGGAGCAUGCUCUUCGUUGCAUUCACCUAUGGGCGGCACGGUGCAAAGCUGCAUAUACAGGCUCCGGGGUACUAUUAAAGCAGGGUCACUCCGCAGAGAUAGCAAAGAUGCUAUUUGGGGACCUCCAGCACUUGGACAAGGCAUGUCCUCCAGCCUGGAGAGACAACAUAGAAAACGUCCGAAGCCUCAUUGUAGGACUGCGAGAUAAAUGGUUCGACCGUGAUGGCGUUGACGAGAACGAUCCUGGAACUUGGUUCCCGAAAGAGCCCCUAAAAGAUGCCAUCAAGCUUGAACAGGCGAUAAAGCCUGGAAAGAUUCAGCAAGUGCCCAAUCUGGCAAAGGCGAACUUAGAUCCUGGGUCAGAUACAGAGAGACUGCUCCAGCGUCAGAUCCUGAACCUCAAAAAGCCUGGGCAGACAAUUGGACCCGUGUCCUACGACCAUUUAUCACCACCAGCAACACCAAAGAACAAAAUGAAAUCCCAAGAGGUCGAGCGCCAAGGCAUUCAUAGUGCUAAAGAAAACUUGUAUAACGACGCAGUAGAAGUGCUGAAUCGCAGCCCACGAACUCAGACAUAG